AUGAAGAGGUGUUUUCUCACGGCUACUGCUGCAAUUCUCGUUCUCCUUUACAACGAUGAUGUGGUAAGAUAUCUACAUGACAUCGAAGACACACUUCUUCCACUGGACGCUAUUGAUUACGACUUCCUCCAUGAUCUAGAAGAAACAGAGUAUGGGUUGAUUUUGAAGGGCACUAACCCUAAAUAUCUGAACUGUUCUGAAUGGAAAAGUUCUGCAAAUCAAACAUUUGCUAAAGGAUGGAGCAAAUCGGUUAUCUCUCUCAAGAGUGACAGCGUUGCCAAAUUUCCGAACUUUGAAGGAAGGACAUACCAGAACUGUGGGAUGACAUAUGGGAAGAUUCUCUUACAGGAAGAACGAUGCCGAGCGGAACUCCUUCAAGGAUUUAUCAACGAAAUUAAAAUGCUCCUACGAUUUCGAAAUGACUCAAGAGUUAUAAAUAUGAUCUCAUACUGUAUUCCACAAAAUCUAAAGCAACUAGAAUAUGUGAAUAUUGUGACGGAAAAAGGCACUCCACUUGAUAUUGUAUUAGUACAACAACAACCAAAAAUCGUGGAUCUUGAUGAAGCCUAUUUUAUUGGGAAGGAAGACAAGCAAUUUGGGGAAUACCUCUCAAAAGUUCAAAGAAAACUCGCCUCAGAGCUCCUCAUCAAUGAAACGAUUUCGGGACGUGAUGGUUAA